AUGAAGGCACUGCAAUACUCUGGUGCGGAGGCAUUCGCCGUAGUCGAGAUGGACGUGCCCGAGAUUGGCGACGACGACGUCCUGGUCAAGAUAGCAGCUUGCGGAGUCUGCGGCACAGAUCUCCACUACCACAAGGGCGAGUUCCUAGCGAAGUGGCCGUUGAUACCCGGUCACGAAGCAGCCGGCACGGUGGUAGCAGUGGGGGGGAACGUGACCGCGCUCUCGCUGCACGACCGCGUAACCGCCGACCCGCUGCAACCAUGCCUUUCGUGCUUCCACUGCACACGGCGCAAACCGCUGCUCUGCGACCGCCUGAAGGCCUUUGGAGGCAACGCUCCGGGCGGGUUCGCAGAGUACUGUCGCUAUCCCGCGCGGCAGGUGCAUUGCAUUGGCGCGCUGCCCUUCCUGGACGCGGUGCUGCUGGAGCCGCUGGCGUGCGCGGCGCACGGGAUCGAGCGCAUGCAGAUGGGCGUGGGGAGCGCGGUGUUGCUGUUUGGAUGCGGGCCGACGGGGAUGUUGAUUGCGCAGUUGGUGCGGUUGAAUGGUGGUGCGCAUCUGACCAUCGCCGCACACCCCAAUGCGAAACUCGCUCUCGCGCAAUCCAUGCACCUCGCAGACGCCUACCACCCCAUCUCGCCCACGGAUCCCUCCUCCUCCCUCUCAGCGCUGCAAGCCGCGAACCCGCACGGCUUCGACGUCGUCAUCGAAGCCACGGGCAGCCCGAGCGUGCUCGAGUCAGCGCUGCGCUUUGUGCGCAAGGGCGGCAAGCUGGUCGUGUACGGCGUUUACAACGCGGCGGCCAAGAUUGCUUGGGAGCCGUUUGUCAUCUGGGAGAGGGAGUUGGAGGUGCUGGCGAGUUUCUGCAGUAUGGGGCAUGUGCCGGUCGCGUUGGAUUACGUGAGGGCUGGGCGGGUGAGGGUGAGUGGUGUUGUGGAUCGGACGUUUCGUGUCGAGGAGUGGGGUGCCUGUUUGGAGGUGGUAAGGCGGGGGGAGUGUGUCAAGGCUGCAAUUGUGUUUUGA